AUGCCUGAUGAGGAACAGCCCGGGCGGUUAUUGAGUUUAAAUAUGGGCGAGGUUAUGGAUAAGGGGCCCGAGCUCUCUCCCGGCGGACCGGAGGCAUUGAGGAGGUUAAGAGAAUUUUUGGCGCCAGAGGAGAAAAUUGGGUGGUGGAUCGUGUACAACGGUGAUCCGAAGAGAGCCUUUCCAACACCCGAGGCCAACGGUGGGGAUAACUCAUCGGAACAGGAAGGAAGUGAAGAUGAUGAAUCUAAGGAGACAAGUGAGUGA